UCCACCGCCGCCGUGUCAGAAUACUGGGCCGGGCCGCUCAGCUCUGCAGCGGGACCUUACCUGUUCCUCGGCACACCGCUGCGCAGUCUUACCGCGCCGGCUUCUUUAGUGUGGGCUGUCACCUGGUCAUCUCCUGUACUGUCCGCAGUCUCUGGUCAUCUCCUGUACUGUCCGCAGUCUCUGGUCAUCUCCUGUACUGUCCGCAGUCUCUGGUCAUGUCCGUCAGUACUGUCCGCAGUCUCUGGUCAUCUCCUGUACUGUCCGCAGUCUCUGGUCAUCUCCUGUACUGUCCGCAGCUGUACUGUGUCCGCAGUUCUCUGGUCAUCUCUUGUACUGUGUCCGCAGUCUCUGGUCAUCUCCUGUACUAUGUCCGCAGUCUCUGGUCAUCUCCUGUACUGUGUCCGCAGUCUCUCUGGUCAUCUCCUGUACUGUGUCCGCAGUCUCUGGUCAUCUUCUGUACUGUGUCCGCAGUCUCUGGUCAUCUUCUGUACUGUGUCCGCAGUCUCUGGUCAUCUCCUGUACUGUGUCCGCAGUCUCUGGUCAUCUCCUGUACUGUGUCCGCAGUCUCUGGUCAUCUCC